GUUUGUUGAGCUUCUUCUUCGAUCACUACUUUAUGGAGGCUCUGCAACUUUCGAGCCGUUUGUCAGUGAAUAAUAGAGUUACGUGCACUCAGAAUUGGACGGAGAGACGAGCAAGUAGAGCUACGUUUUGUUCUGCAUUCACUGGAACCACCAAUUCAGCGUCUCUCUCUGCUUCUAAGAACACCUCCUCCACGAGGGAGAUAUGGAGUUGGGUGAAGUCGAAGACGGUUGGACAUGGAAGAAGUUACAGAAGGAGCCAAGUGAGAGCAGAGAUGUUUGGUCAGUUGACUAGUGGGCUCGAGGCUGCUUGGACCAAACUCAAAGGAGAAGAGGUGUUGACAAAGGAGAAUAUAGCUGAGCCAAUGAGGGAUAUCAGAAGAGCUCUCCUUGAAGCGGAUGUGAGCCUCCCUGUUGUUAGAAGGUUUGUUCAGUCUGUUAGUGACCAAGCCGUUGGACUAGGUGUCAUUCGAGGAGUCAAACCAGACCAGCAGUUGGUCAAGAUUGUACAUGAUGAACUAGUGAAGCUGAUGGGUGGAGAAGUAUCUGAGCUCCAGUUUUCUAAGUCAGGUCCUACUGUUAUAUUGUUGGCUGGACUACAAGGAGUUGGGAAGACAACCGUUUGCGCUAAACUCGCUUGUUACCUAAAGAAGCAGGGAAAAUCUUGCAUGCUUAUUGCUGGAGAUGUGUACAGACCUGCUGCCAUUGAUCAACUUGUCAUUUUAGGUGAACAGGUAAUUGUACCGGUUUAUACCGCAGGGACUGAAGUAAAACCUGCAGAUAUAGCUAAGCAAGGUCUACAAGAAGCUAAGAAGAAUAAUGUUGAUGUAGUUAUCAUGGAUACUGCAGGGAGGCUGCAGAUAGAUAAAGGGAUGAUGGACGAAUUAAAAGACGUGAAGAAAGUUCUGAAUCCCACAGAAGUGUUGCUAGUUGUUGAUGCUAUGACUGGACAAGAAGCUGCAGCGUUGGUGACGACAUUCAAUGUAGAGAUAGGAAUCACAGGAGCCAUAUUGACAAAGCUAGACGGCGAUUCAAGAGGUGGUGCUGCUUUGAGUGUCAAGGAGGUUUCUGGAAAGCCAAUAAAACUGGUAGGACGUGGAGAGCGAAUGGAGGAUCUUGAACCCUUUUAUCCCAAUAGAAUGGCUGGAAGAGUUUUAGGAAUGGGAGAUGUGCUUUCAUUUGUAGAGAAGGCAGAAGAAGUUAUGCGUGAAGAAGAUGCGGAAGAUUUACAGAAGAAGAUAAUGAGUGCAAAGUUCGACUUCAACGAUUUCCUAAAGCAGACUCGUGCUGUUGCCAAAAUGGGAUCCAUGACACGAGUUCUUGGAAUGAUCCCUGGAAUGGGGAAAGUGAGUCCUGCGCAGAUAAGAGACGCUGAGAAGAGUCUUGUAAUCAUGGAAGCAAUGAUCGAAGCCAUGACACCUGGUUUUUGUUUCUUCUUUCAUCUCAUUUCAUUUAAUACAAAACAAUGUCUUAUUCUCGUUUGGUUGCGUUGGACAGAGGAAAGGGAGAAGCCAGAGUUACUAGCGGAAUCUCCAGAGAGAAGGAAAAGAGUUGCUAAAGAUUCAGGAAAAACAGAACAACAGGUGAGCCAACUUGUGGCACAAAUAUUCCAAAUGAGAGUGAGGAUGAAGAAUUUGAUGGGAGUAAUGGAAGGAGGAUCCAUUCCUGCUUUAAGCGAGCUUGAGGACUCAAUGAAAGCACAACAAAAGGCUCCACCUGGAACCGCAAGGAGGAAGAAGAGAAAGGCGGACUCAAGGAAGAACUUUGUGGAGUCUGCAUCAAGCAAUCCAGGUCCUCGUGGCUUUGGCAACUAAAACACACCUGUUUCAGUCUUUGGGAACACUUGCUACAAACUCUAAAUGAUUUUGUAAUAUUCCAACUUCAAAUUAAUUUCAAAUUUCUAAAUGCAUAUAAAUAUAAGUCAAAACAAAAUGCAUAAUGACAUUUAAU